AUGAAGCUCAAGCGGCGACGCGCGGUAGAAGUGCCUCCAAAUAUAAAAUCUUUCAUCAACAGUGUUACCACCGUUCCUCUUGAGAAUGUAGAAUUGCCGCUGAAGAAUUUUGCAUGGGAAUUCGACAAGGGGGAUUUCCAUCACUGGGUGGACCUUUUCAAUCACUUUGAUUCUUUCUUUGAGAGUUAUAUCAAAUCAAGGAAAGAUUUGCAUCUUGAAGACAAUUUUCUUGAUGUGGAUCCCCCAUUUCCUCGAGAAGCAGUCCUUCAAAUUCUCCGAGUAUCAAAACUAAUAUUGGAAAAUUGUACAAAUAGACACUUCUAUAUUUUUUUUGAGCAGCAUCUGUCUGCCCUUUUAGCAUCUACAGAUGCGGAUAUUAUUGAAGCAAGCUUGCAGACAUUAAUGGCUUUUGUGGACAAGUCAGUUGGGAAAAGCUCAAUACGCAGAUCGUCUCUCGCUUCAAAGCUAUUUGCCUUCUCUCAGGGUUGGGGUGGAAAAGAAGGUGGCCUUGGAUUAAUAGCAUGUUCUCUGCCCAGUGUAUCUGAUCCAGUUUCCACUGAGGUUGGCUCCACUCUCCAUUUUGAGUUCUAUCGUGCUGCUGAUAAAUCAGCGAAAUCCCAGUGUCUAGAGAAUGAGAACAGGUUGGAAGUAAUUCAUUUAUCGAAUGUCAAUACUUGCAAGGAGACUGAUCUUGAAAUACUAGACAGAUUAAUCAAGGAUUACAGUGUGCCACAAGCUUUAAGGUUCCCUCUUCUUACAAGACUGAGAUUUGCAAGGGCAUUUGACUCUUUAACAUGUCGACACCAGUAUAUCUGUAUCCGCCUGUAUGCCUUUAUUGUUCUUGUCCAGGCAGGCCAUGAUUCGGAAGGUCUAUCAACAUUUUUGAGCAACGAACCAGAAUUCAUUGAUGAGCUGUUAUCACUUCUUAGCUACGAGGAUGAGAUACCAGAAAAAAUUAGGAUACUGGGAAUCCUUUCAUUAGUUGCACUGUGCCAAGAUCGAUCUCACCAGCCUACUGUAUUGUCCUCAGUAACUUCUGGUGGUCAUCGUGGUAUCCUUCCUAGUCUCAUGCAGAAGGCAGUGGAUUCUAUCAUCAAUGGUUCUAUGAAAUGGUCCAUAAUAUUUGCCGAAGCACUUAUCUCGCUUGUAUCAAUGCUGGUAUCAUCAACACCAGGUUCUCUAGCUCUACAAGAAGCAGGAUUUAUACCCACUAUUUUGCCUCUUCUCAAAGACACAAACACACAGCAUUUACAUAUAGUUAGUACAGCACUGCAUGUCAUUGAGAGCUUCCUGGAUUAUCACAAUCCUUCUUCAGCAUUGUUCAGAGAUCUAGGUGGACUAGAUGACACUAUUGCUCGUCUUAAGAUAGAAGUAUCUCAAGUUGAGGUUGUUUCAAAAAAAUUUGAAGAGUCUCAUUCUAACAAUAAAGGAAAAGAGGUUGAAAGCUGUCAACCUGUGCAAGAUAUACAGCCUUCAUGUUCUGAAUCCUUGAUUUUGUAUCAUAGGAAGAACUUAAUGAAAGUUUUACUACGUACAAUAUCUCUGGCAACAUAUGUGCCCGGUAGUUCUGCUCGUGUUGAUGGUUCAGAAGAGAAUGUGUUACCCCCAUGUUUAUGUAAGAUUUUUAAGAGAGGCAAGGACUUUGGUGGUGGUGUUUUCUCACUUGCUGCAAGUGUUAUGAGUGAUCUCAUACAUAAAGAUCCAACAUGCUAUACUGUUCUUGAUGCAGCUGGUUUGCCACAAGCAUUUCUUGAUGCCAUAAUGGGUGGUGUACUUUAUAACUCUGAUGCAGUCUCAUGUAUACCACAGUGUUUGGAUGCAUUGUGCCUGAACAAUAAUGGUCUUCAAUUGGUAAAGGACCGCAAUGCUUUAAGAUGUUUUGUGAAAAUCUUUACCUCUAGAUCAUAUCUGAAAGCUCUUAGUGGUGACACAACGGGGGCCUUAUCAAGUGGACUUGAUGAAUUAAUGCGUCAUGCAUCAUCAUUACGAUCCUCUGGAGUUAGCAUGUUUAUUGAAAUCUUGAACACUAUUUCUAAAGUAGGGUGUGGUGGAGACUCUAUUUCCUGUAAGGAAUCUGAUAAUUCCUCUGCAGCUGUUCCCAUGGAUACUGAUGUGGAGGUAGCUACAACACAGAGUGAGGGUGUACCUCCUGAGGUAGGAUGCUCAGUCAAAACAGUUGAUGCUCCUCUAGAUGCUUUGACAUCAUCAUCCAUUGAGUUAUUUCUUCCUGAGUGCAUAUGCAAUGUUGCUCGUCUCCUUGAAACUGUUCUGCAAAAUACUGAUACAUGUAGGCUAUUUAUUGAGAAAAAAGGCAUUGAAGCUGUUCUUCAACUCUUUAAGUUGCCAUCAAUACCUGUAUCUGUUUCAAUUGGUCAGAGUAUUUCUGUUGCAUUCAAGAACUUCUCACCUCAGCAUUCUGUUUCUCUUGCACGAGCAGUGUGCUCAUUCUUUAGAGACCACCUUAAUAUGACCAAUGAAUUGUUGGGUUCGAUCUCUGGAACUAAGCUGGUUGAUAGCGAACCUACAAAGCAAUCAGCUCUUCUGAAGUCACUUUCUACCCUUGAAGGGCUUUUGUCUCUUGCAAAUUUUCUCCUGAAGGGAACUACCAUUAUGGUCUCAGAACUGGCUUUUGCUGAUGCUGAGAUAUUGAAGGAAUUGGGGAAGGUUUAUAUUGAAGUCACAUGGCAGAUAUCUUUACUCAGUGAUUCUAAGGUGGAUAAGCAAGAGGCAGAUCAAGAUGAUUUGGCUGGGGAUGCUUCAAUUUCUGAAAGGGAUAGUGACGAUGACACAAAUACAGCACCAUUUUCAAGAUAUACGAAUCCUGUUUCAGCAAGGGCUUCUUUAUCACCCUGGAGCAUGGAGCAAGAUUUUGUUUCAACUGUGCGAUCCGCUGCCAAUAUGCACCGCCAUGGUCGACACUCAUUAUCCAGGAUAAGUGGGCGCCUAAAUGGAGUGUUGGAUGCAACAAAUACUGAUUUGGAUGGUCCUUGUUUUCCAGCAGAGACAUCAAGGAGUCAUGAUGCUCUAAAGAAAAGCCCUGAUGUUGUUGUUUCUGAACUUCUGACGAAAUUUGGCUAUACCAUGCGUUCCUUCCUUUCUAGCCUUGUCAAAGGAUUAGUGGCUCGGCGUCGGGCUGACUCUAACCUUAACCCAGCUUCGAGAAGUCUGGUGACUGCACUAGCACAAUUUUUCCUUAGUGCUCUUGGUUUCUCUGGACAUUCUACUGCAGGUGUUGAGAUGUCUUUAUCUGUGAAAUGCCGUUACCUUGGAAAGGUUGUGGAAGAUAUGGCUGUGCUUACAUUUGACAGCAGACGUCGCUUAUGCAAUUCUGCACUCGUUAAUAGCUUCUAUGUGAACGGAACAUUCAAGGAAGUUCUAACGACCUUUGAAGCCACCAGUCAGCUACUAUGGACACUUCCUUUCUCUGUCUUGGCUGCUGCCACAAAUCAAGGUUCCUCUGUUAGUGAGAAGGUGUCUCACAAUUCCUGGCUGCUGGAUACAUUACAGAGUUACUGUAAAUUUCUAGAAUAUUGUGUGAACUCUACAUUCUUAUUGUCUCCAUCCUCUUCUCAUAAUCAGCUUCUUGUCCAGCCUAUUGUAACUGAGCUGUCAAUUAAUCUAUUCCCUGUGCCUUCAGAUCCAGAAUCAUUUGCUCGCAUGCUCCAAUCUCAAGUUCUUGAUGCAGUUCUUCCUGUUUGGAAUCAUACAAUGUUUCCUGAGUGCAGCCCAGCUCUUGUUACCUCCCUGGUGUCAAUUAUGAACAAUAUAUGCUCUGUUGUUGGAGAUAUGAAGCAAAGCCGCAGUAGUGUUGGAGUUGCCAACCAGCUUGUUACUAGCCCCCCUCUUGAUGAAUCUGCUAUUGCUACAAUUGUUGAAAUGGGAUUUUCAAGGGCUAGGGCAGAAGAAUCUCUUAGAAGCGUCAGAACUAACAGCGUGGAGAUGGCAACAGAUUGGUUAUUCAGCCAUCCAGAAGAAUUUGUUCAGGAAGAUGUGCAGCUAGCACAAGCGUUAGCUUUGUCACUUGGAAGCUCCAUUGAAACACCCAAGGCGGAUGGGAGCCAUAAGAAGGAUACAGCCAUUGCUGAAGAAAAAGGUGUAUUUGUGCUCCCUUUGGAUGACAUCCUUACUGUAUCGACAAAGCUUUUCCACUCUAGUGAUUCCACCAUGGCUUUCCCAUUGACUGACCUUCUAGUGACACUAUGCAACCGGAAUAAGGGUGAAUACUGCAAGCGAGUAGUACUGUAUCUUUUUGAGCAACUAAGAUGUUUUUCGUCAGAUACCACGGGUGAUAUGGGCGCUUUGUAUUCUGUUGCUCAUUUGUUGGCUUUGCUUCUGAGUGAAGACAGUGGCAUAUGUGAAAUUAGUGCCGAAAAUGGUGUCAUCUCCCAAGUUCUUAACAUGUUAGAAAGUCUUAAAUCAAGGACAGACCAGACAGAUCAGACUUGGAAUUCUAUCAGUGCUCUGUUGCUUAUAUUGGAUAACAUGCUACAAUUUAAUCCAAAAUUCUAUAUGGAAACAAUGGAUGGUAUAUCCAAGUCAAUUUCUGAUGCAUCCAGUGCUGACAGUAAGGCAAAUCCAUUACCAACUGCUGAAAAUAGAACUGAAAUUAUUGAUUCAGCAGAUGAUGCAAGUGCUAAUGUCUUUAAAAAGGUUUUGGGGAAAUCUACUGGCUAUUUGAAUGAUCAAGAGAGCCAAAAGGCACUGGUUUUCUGCUGUGAAUUCAUUAAGCUAUGUGUGCCUGCAACAGUUAUGCAAGCUGUGCUUCAGCUCAGUGCUCGCUUGACAAAAACACAUGCUCUUGCUGCCCACUUCUUUGAAAGUGGUGGGUUAGCAUCUCUUUUAAAUCUCCCAGGCAUUUGCAUCUUUCCUGGCUUUGAGACCUUAGCAUCUGCCAUUGUGCGCCACCUCAUUGAGGACCCCCAGACCUUGAAGAGUGCCAUGGAAUUGGAGAUACGACAGUCAUUAAAUAACCGUGGGAGUCGUACUCCUCGCUCAUUUCUGACAAUUAUGUCCCCACUGAUAUCUAGAGAUCCUGUGAUCUUCAUGAAGGCUGUAACUUCAGUCUGCCAAUUGGAUUAUUCAGGAGGGAGAAUGAAUGUAGUGUUGUUGAAGGACAAGGAGAAAGACAGGGAGAAACAGAAAGUUCGUGUAACAGAAAGUGGUGUGCCAUGUAAUGAGCCUGUUCGGUUGACUGCUGAGGUUAAAUCAGUUGAUACACCAAACAGAUGUUCACGGAACCACAAAAAGGUUCCUGCUAGUCUUUCUCAAGUGAUUGAUCAGCUUCUUGAGAUCAUUAUGAGCUAUCCAUCUGCAAGCAAAGAACAUCGGUUUGAUGGUUACUCCCUGUUGACUCCAAUGGAUGUUGAUGAACCAAAUACGAAGGGCAAAUCUAAAGUUGAUGAUGGCCAAGAGCUGGAUGGUGAUGCCCUCUCUGAGAGAUCUGCCUUGCUGUCAAAGUUUGCAUUUGUACUUAAGUUGAUGAGUGAAAUACUCCUCAUGUAUGUGCAUGCAGUAGGGAUAAUUCUGAGACGGGAUACAGAGAUAUCACAGUCACGAAGUUGCGAUCAAGUUGCUGGACACAGUGGUUUACUGCAUCAUAUAUUCUAUCUGCUACUUCCUCUACCUUCGGUCAAAAUGGCUGAUGCCUCAGAUGAUUGGAUUGGUAAGUUGUCUGAGAGAGCUUCCUGGUUCUUGGUUGCUUUAUGCUGCAGAUCUGCUGAAGGUCGUAGAAGGGUUGUUUCUGAAAUUGUAAAGGCAUUUAACUAUUUCAUUGGUUCAGCAAGCAACACCUCCAAAGGAUCUUUAAUACCUGACAGAAAAGUUUUGGCUUUCUCUGAGCUUGUGAAUUCCAUCUUGUCGCGGAAUAGUCAGAGCAACUUGCCUUUUCUUGGUUGCUCACCUGAUAUUGCAAAACCUAUGGUAGAUGGUGGAAUGGUGCAAUCUCUUUCUGGUUUGCUGAAAGUAAUUGAUCUUGACCACCCAGAUGCUGCAAGGGUUGUCAACCUGAUAUUGAAGGCUUUGGAUAGCCUCACUAGGACUGCUUAUGCCAGCGAUCAAGUCCUCAAGACAGAUCGAUUUACCAAUAACAGAUUACCAGGGUCACAUGAACAAAUACAUGAAGCUGAUGACACUGUAAUCCAUGAACAAACUACAGACGACACACAUCAUCAUCCUAAUGACAUCAUCCAAUCUGCAAGUCAGCAAGCUCAAGAACUGUCUCAUGUCUGUGGGAACAAUAAUGAAAACCUUGACCAACCCACUGAACAAGAAAUGGGAGUUGAUCUAGCCGACAAUAAUACUUCUAAUGGCAAUCCUCCAAUGAGAGCUGUGCAGUUCAUGCGAGAAGAAGCUAUUGAAGGUAAUGUAAUGGCUACUAGUACUGAUGUUGGUUUGGCUUUCUCAGUGCAACAUCAAGUUGAUGAUGAAAUGGGUGUGGAAGAUGAGGAUCUUGGGGAGGAAGGUGAGGAUGAAGAAGAUGAGGAUGAAGAUGAUGAGGAAAUAGCAGAUGAGGGAGCUGGUUUGAUGUCCAUAGCUGACACAGAUAUCGAGGACCAGGAGAACAAUGCAAUUGGUGAUGAAUACAAUGAUGACCUUAUGGAUGAAGAAGAUGAUGACUUUCUUGAGAACCGUGUUAUAGAAGUAAGAUGGAGGGAAAGCUUAACUGGAAUGGAUCAUCAUCUGCGAUUUUCCAGGGGUCGUGCAGACUCCAGUGGUUUUAUUGAUAUAUCUUCUGAGUCAUUUCAUGGUGUGGGGACAGAUGAUUCAUUUAACCUGCAUCGUUCAUUUGGUCUUCUUGCGGCGCCAAAGCGGAAGCCAGCACAAUCUAGGGAGGGAACUAGUUUAGCGUGGCCCUCUGGAGGACCCUCCUCAAGAGAUUUUCACACGCUGUCUUUUGGGAAUUCAGACAUCCCCUUAUACAUGUUAGAUGCUGGCUUUCCACCAGAAACUGCUUCCGCCGUGUUUGGUGAACGUGUUGUAAGUACUGCUCCGCCACCUUUGAUAGAUUUCUCACUUGGUUUGGAUUCCCUCCGAAUUAGGCGGGGCCCUGGAGAUAAUUUGUGGACUGAUGAUUGUCAACCACAGGCAGGUAAUCAUGCAGCUGCUGUUGCUCAGGCAGUUGAGGGUCAUUUUGUGUCACAGUUAACUGUGGCUAGUAAUUCAAAUAAUGCUCCUCAGGUGCAGCCUGAACAGACUGGCAAUGGUGUGAAUGCACAAUUAGCGUUACCAGAUACAGGAAAUGCUGAACCUGUAGCAACCGAUCCUCUUUCUCAACCUGUUGGCAGCCAUCAGCCAGUUUGUACUGUUAACCAAGGACUUGCUCCUGCUAAUGAUGUCCUCUGUCCUACAGAUGUGCACGUAAAUCAGCAGCUUGUUGGUUCCAUUUAUGAUAAUUGUGUUGAAGAAGCGGUGCGGCAAACAGCACCUGAUGAUCCUAACGCUAUACCUCAGAGUGAUGAAAUGAUGUGUAUUGCUGAUACACAGCUCGAUGGUCAUCCUGAAAGAGAUUCCUUGUCUGGUAAUGAAAGUUAUGGUCAUAUUAUGCAAAAUGAGAUUGAAGCAUCUCAACAAGUUCACUUGGGUAAUGAUCCUAGGGAAGCCCCAUCUGAUCUGGAGUCAAGCUGCCAUGCACUUGUCACGUCUGCAACUGCUGCUCCUGAGCUGAGUGAUGCUCAUGUGGAUUCUGCAGCAGUGGAUGCUGAUGUUGACAUGAACAGUGUUGAUAUUGCUGAAAAUGAAGUUGAGAACUCAGCUCCUGCUUCUGAUGGCAAUGAUUUGUCUUCUAGGAGGCAUGAAGAAACUGAGCCUCAGACAGAGCAACCUAAUGCUAAUAAUGAGGCCUCCAGUGCUAAUGAAAUUGAUCCCACAUUUCUUGAAGCAUUGCCUGAGGAUCUUCGUGCCGAAGUCCUUGCUUCUCAGCAGAACAGUUCUGCCCCAGCUGCUUCCUAUACUCCCCCAGCUGCAGAAGAAAUAGAUCCUGAGUUUUUGGCUGCUCUUCCACCAGAUAUACAGGCUGAGGUUCUAGCCCAGCAGCGAGCACAGAGGAUUGUCCACUCUCAACCAGUUGGGCAGCCAGUAGAUAUGGAUAAUGCUUCGAUUAUAGCAACUUUCCCUCCUGAUUUACGUGAAGAGGUGCUUUUGACCUCAUCCGAAGCUGUUCUGUCUGCGCUUCCUUCAGCUUUACUUGCUGAAGCUCAAAUGCUACGGGACAGAGAGUUGAGUCGCUAUCGUGCUAGAGGGAGCCUUUUUGGUGGAAGCUACAGGCUUGGAGGGAGGAGUCUGCCAACUGAUAAUCAGACAAUUAUAGACAGAGCUGUUGGUGUUACUGUGGGUAGAAGGGUUAUUUCUACUACACCAGGCGGUUCAAAGGGUAAAGAUGUGGAGGGGACCCCGCUUCUGGACUCAGAAGCUCUGCGGGCACUUAUUCGCCUUCUGCAGCUUGCUCCGCCACUCAGCAAAGGCCUUCUUCAAAGGCUUAUGUUCAAUUUAUGCGCACAUAGUGUCACACGUGUUACCUUGGUUGGCCAUCUGCUCAACAUGAUUAAACCUGAAUCUGAGGGGCUUAGCGUAUCUGAUUGCAUGGCUACAUAUAGAUUACAUGGAUGUCAGUGGAACAUUGUUUACGCACAACCUUACUCUGCAAAUGGUCUACCUCCACUUGUAACACGGCGACUUCUUGAAAUCCUGACAUAUCUUGCUUCUAACCAUCCAUCUGUUGCGGAUCUUUUGAUCUAUUUCAAUCCUUCAGCUAGUUCAAACUGUUUGACAUUACAGCACAAUAAAGAGACAUCUCAAGAAAGUUCAACGCCGAACAUGAUGCAACCAUCUUCAGAGGGUUAUACACCCAUUCUAUUGUUUCUUAAGCUUCUAAAUAAACCCUUAUUUCUGCGGAGUCGCAUAUAUCUUGAGCAGGUGAUGUGUUUGCUGGAAGUAGUUGUUAACAAUGCUGCAUCCCAAAUUGAUUGUCCACCUCACUCUGCACAGAUAACUAACAGUUCAGAUAUUGAAUUAGUUGAUGGGACACCAUCUCAAACACAGGUGGAACCAUCUACUCUGGAACAAGGUCAUAUCCCGGAUAAUAACCAAAGCAGAGAUGUUGAGGUCCCACCAUCUUGUGCUAAACAGAAUGAUAAUGUGCAUGAAAUCCUUACUCAGCUUCCUGAUGCUGAGUUACAUAAUCUGUGCAAUAUUCUUGCACUUGAGGGUCUUCCAGAUAAAGUGUACUCACUUGCUGCGGAGGUGGUGAAACAAUUGGCUAGUGUUGCAGCAUCACAUCGGAAAUUCUUUUCCAUUGAGUUAGCUGGUGUUGCUCAGAGUUUAAGUUCUUCAGCAGUUGAGGAGCUUGUAACACUGAAGAACACUCAAAUGCUUGGGCUCAGUACUUGCUCUAUGGCUGGAGCUGCGAUCUUGCGGGUACUGCAAGUCCUAUCUACACUGACUUCGGGUGUGAUGGAUAGUGGAUAUGAAAAAGAUUUACGACAGGAAGAGCAGUCUAUUUUGUGGGAUCUGAAUGUUGGUCUUGAACCUUUGUGGCAAGAGUUAAGUGAUUGUAUAAGUGCUACAGAGGCAAAAUUUGUACACAAUUCAUCACUCGCUUACCAUGCCCCAUUGAUGGAUGCUUUAGAAGUUGGUGCUUCAUCCUCUGGUUCAUCAUCGCUUCCUCCAGGCACUCAACGCUUGUUGCCGUUCAUAGAAUCAUUCUUUGUCCUAUGCGAGAAGCUUCAAACAAAUCAACCAGUUACACAAUCAGAUUACAGUGUUACUGCCCCCGAAGUAAAAGAAUCUGCUGGAAGUUCAUCUUCACCAUCACUGAAGACUGGUGGGAUCUGCAAUGUUACUUUUAUAAGGGUUGCAGAAAAGCAUCGACGGCUACUCAAUGUUUUCAUUCGACAAAAUCCAAGCUUACUGGAGAAGUCACUUUCUAUGAUGUUGAAAGUGCCAAGGCUGAUAGAUUUUGACAACAAACGUGCUUACUUCCGGUCGCGGAUCAGACAGCAGCAUGAUCAGCAUCUUUCAGCUCCUCUACGCAUUAGUGUUCGCAGGGCUUAUGUUUUGGAGGACUCAUAUAAUCAGUUGAGAUUACGUCGUACCCAGGAUCUCAAGGGUCGCUUGACUGUGCAAUUUCAAGGGGAAGAGGGCAUAGAUGCUGGAGGACUAACUAGGGAAUGGUACCAACUGCUCUCUAGAGUUAUUUUUGACAAAGGAGCUCUUCUCUUCACUACAGUUGGAAACAACGCGACUUUCCAGCCUAAUCCUAACUCUGUUUUUCAAACGGAGCACCUUUCUUACUUCAAGUUUGUUGGUCGAGUGGUUGCUAAAGCAUUAUUUGAUGGCCAAUUGUUGGAUGUCCACUUUACCCGUUCAUUUUACAAACAUAUCUUAGGUGCUAAAGUAACAUAUCAUGAUAUAGAGGCUAUUGAUCCUGAUUACUACAAAAAUUUGAAGUGGAUGCUGGAGAAUGAUGUAAGUGACCUUCCCGAUUUAACAUUCAGCAUGGAUCCUGAUGAGGAAAAGCAUAUUCUCUACGAGAAGACUGAGGUUACCGAUUAUGAGCUAAAACCGGGUGGAAGAAACAUCAGGGUUACUGAGGAAACAAAGCAAGAAUAUGUUGACCUUGUAGCGGAACAUAUACUGACCACUGCAAUUCGUCCUCAAAUUAAUGGUUUCCUUGAAGGCUUCACAGAGUUAGUUCCAAGGGAUCUAAUAUCGCUAUUCAAUGAUAAAGAACUUGAGCUGCUGAUUAGUGGUCUUCCUGAAAUUGACCUGGAUGAUCUGAAGGUUAACACGGAAUAUAUAGGAUAUUCAGCUGCAUCUCCUGUCAUCCAGUGGUUCUGGGAAGUUGUUAAAGCAUUCAGCAAGGAAGACAUGGCGAGACUACUGCAGUUUGUUACCGGAACAUCUAAGGUACCAUUGGAGGGUUUCAAAGCGCUACAAGGUAUUUCUGGCCCCCAGAGAUUUCAGAUUCACAAGGCGUAUGGAGCUCCAGACCGACUUCCAUCUGCUCAUACCUGUUUUAACCAGUUGGAUUUACUGGAAUAUACCUCAAAGGAGCAAUUAGAAGAGCGACUGCUUCUUGCCAUUCAUGAAGCUAGUGAAGGUUUCGGCUUUGGUUGA